CCAUAUGGAUUCCUUGUGUCAUCAACAUUGAAUCCUAACAUUCUCCUAUUUGUCACCGGAGAAAAUGCACCCAUCCCAAAACCAAAUUCAGAUCCAAGGCACCCGCAAUGACCGCCAAUACGGGCAGCCCCACAUGACCAAGGAUGACGGCCAAUACGGACAGCCCCACAAGACCCAUGAUGACCGCCAAUACGGGCAGCCCCACAUGACCAAGGAUAACCGCCAAUACGGGCAGCCCCACAUGACCCACGAUGACCGCCAAUACAGGCGGCACAAGACGACCCGGUACUAUGUCCACCGGGUCCGAGAAAGCCUCACAACCCGGAUCUCAAAAAUAGUGAUAGGGAUUCACUACGAUGCGAUGCAGGUGACUCUGUAUUACCAAGAUCAGGCCAUUGGGAAGACUUUUUUGUUAUUUCCAUUUUAUCAGAAGCCGAAAAAUACUACGGUGCUUUACGGUGUACUGAGUGGGGCCACCUUGACGGUGAAUAGCAACCGUUGGAUGCAGUUUCAGAAUGAUCGUGAUCAAGGGGUGGUGGUUUUUCGACUCCAAGUAACGUCGACCAUCCGAUUUAAGGUGUCCAAGUGGGAUAGUAAGCACCACAAGAUGCAUGCCAACUGUGAAGCUGGGGUGGGCCCAGAUGGCUCAAUCUUGGCAAAUUACAAAGACAAGAGAUGCCCAGUUUACUUCACUUGAUGAGUGUUUAUAAUUGGGAUAUGUAGAUUCUGCUGUGUCUUUGGACAUAGCAGGCUGUUGUGUUUUUUUUGAAGUGUUGUCUCAAAUCUCUUUCGAUAAUUCGAACGGUUCAUAUUGUAGGAUUCGUCAAGUAGAUUAUAUAUAUAAAAAAAUCAAGUUAAUUAGAUAUCUGCAGCCCUAUAAUCAAUGUACAUUUGUUUUUAUAAAACUUAACGAUUAACUUAACUUUAAUAAAUUUUUGAAAACAAUUAAGACUUAAUUAUAGGGUUAUGAAUAUCCGAUUAACUUGAUUUUUUAUAUAAAUAAUAUUUUUGGCAAACCUUAUGAUAUGAAUAGUUCAGAUUAUCAAAAAACAUUCAGGACAUCCUCCCACAGAAGGGCACAUCAAGCUGGAGUGCCUUCAGUACCCCUAAGUCCUCAUAAUUGUGCUGCGUGUAGAGAAAUAUAUAUAUAUAUAUAUAUAUUCACCAGAAUGACACAGAGAUGUGAUCUAAUGUUUGAUAUUUUUUGUGCACGUAAACCCUUUUUAUUAUUUUUAUUUUUAAUUUGUAGCAUUGCAUGUGUUUUUGCUUUCCCUUUUGGGUUUAGAUUUGACUU